CUCCUAGAAGAUGACUUCCAGUUCAUCCUUUGUGAGGGCUGCCGGCAGGAAUCGUCCAACCUCAAGCUCCUCACCUGCCUCCACACCUUGUGCCUCAGUUGCCUGAGCAAGAACAAGCCCAUCCAGCAGUGCCCCGUGUGUCAGACGGCCACCUCGCAGACCAGCGGCAUCCCCGACAUGGACAACCUGCUCUUCACCAGCUUGCAGGCCAGGCUGAAGGUCUACAAGGAGAUCGUUGAUGGAGUUGACUUGUUCUGCGACAACUGCAAGAAAGCUGGCGAGUUCUGGUGCUCUGAGUGCGAGGAGUUCCUCUGCACCAAGUGCUUUGAGGCCCAUCAGCGCUACCUGAAGAGGGAGAGCCACAAAGCCAAGAGGGUGAUGGACAUCAGGGCAGGGUCUGCUAAGGACUUCCUGGAGGGCACUGGGAGAACCGGUAACUUGUUCUGCUCCAACCCGAACCACAAGAGCCAGACCGUAAG